CAAUAACACGUGCGGAAUUUGAAAUUUCUUGUCUGGCAUCGUUAAUCCCACCUGUAGGAGCCGAAAAUGGAUACCGGCGAAGAGCUGAGGUCCUGGCUGCUGGAGAAGAGCAAGCCCUUCGCGGCACGUGUUGACUUUGCCCUACGAGUCUGGCAAUCCGUGGAGUUUCCCUAUCCCGACAAGUACGAUAUCAUUAUCCGAUGGCUGGGUGAAUCUCUGCCCAACUGCAGGAAGAAGGAGCCCUUGCCCAUGCAGCAACUGAAGGAUCUCUUUGCGCUGCGUGCCCAACCCGGACUGGUCGGUCAGGAGUGCAAGACGCUGCUGAUUAGAGCGCUUCUAUCCAUUGUCUCCCGCGACGAGCAAGCAAAUGUGGCUGUCCUCGAGCUGCUGCCCAGUCUGCUGGACUGUGAGCUGCUUCAGGACGCCCUGCGUGCGGACUACGAGCUGCUGUGCGAGUGCUACGCCAGCCUGUUCCGGUGCCACCAGCAGUGCGUGAAGCAGCAGAAACAGCUGACGACAUCCUCCCAUGCCGAGUUCCUUGUGCCGGUGAUCAAGCAGCUGGCGGAGUUUGCUCGACGCUCCCAGAAGCUCCCCGAGUUACGCGAAUGCUACAAUGCCAGAACGGUUCGUCCGUUGACCGAGCUCCUGCUCACUCUAAAGUCCGCCAGUCUGGUAGAGGAGCUGGCCGAGCUGGAGAAGCAGAUGAAGGACACAUUUGACCAAAACCGCAGCGUCAGCCAGCCGCUGCAUGUCACCCUGCUCCUCCUGGAGGCCGCCGUCUUCAACAAUCGUUACGAGCCCCUUCAGCUGGCGGAUAUUGUGCGUGCCGUCUUCUCGAAGAACGAGACCUCACUGCCCCUGGCCGCCCAUCUGCUGAUGUCGCUGCGCAAAUAUGACAUAUCCCUGCAGUUCAACAUGAACCGGGAGAGAAAGAAAAAUAGGGCUAAGGAGGAGAGUAAGAAAAGCAAAGUGCUGGAGGAGGCGGAGGCGGAGGCGGAGGACACCGAGAUGAAAGUGAAAGCCUUAAGCGCCUUCGAUUUUAUCGCCGAGCAACUGCUUCAAUUGGCGCGCCAGCACCGAAAAACGCAUUUAAAGGAGCUGCUUGUCCUACUGUGCUCUGCCCUGCGGCUGAAUCCCCUGCUGCUAGAUCAGAGCGUCUACCAGAUCACCGUUUGGCUGCUAACAGCCCACAAGGAAACGGCCGAGGAGGAGCGGCUUUACUCGGAGUAUCUCGUCCUGCUGCUGGACAUGUUUCGCCGUCUAAGUCGGGCCGAGAGAUUUGUCAUGAAUCUCCUGAAGUCACUAAAGGAGUGGCUAUCAGUCUAUCAGUUGCCCAAUGCCAUCCAUGGUGAGGCUAAGAAGCGCCGUCUUCAGGACUCUGAAUCUGAAUCUGUCAAGGCAACGGACGCCGAGGGACAGCACUAUUUGCGUGAGAUCUUUGCGGGAUCAUCCUCUGCUGAGGCGGCGGCAACUCCCUCGUCGCAUGAUGCCUUUAAGCAGCUCGCCCAGACCUGGCCCAGCCACUCUGCCGGGGUGGCCUUCACGCGCCUGGUCAGUCACCUGAUGACCAAGCCCUCGCUGGUGAUUUGGAGGACCCUGCUCCACUCGUUUGUGGAAUUGCUGCAGCAAGAGCAGCAGCAGACGCUGCCUGGUAACCUGGACUUUGCCCGCGAACUCCAUGCGGCCCUGCUGUGCCAGUAUUUAAGUGGGACUCGGCUGGCCGAACAGCUGCACCUCCACCAGACGGAGAUAGAGCAGCAGCUGCAGCACACCGCCCAGGUGCUGGAGCAGUUUGGUCGCCGCCUGCUCAGCCAGGAGCACAACCGCCGCCUGAUGAACGCCUUCCUCGAGUGCACCGAGCGUGCCAGUGGCCUGGAGCUGCUCCUGGCCUACUAUUGGCCCGACGGCCACGCCUCCAGACAGCGAAAGCUCCAGCUGAGAAGCUUCCUCCCACCCGCGGAGUGGACACUGAUCCAACAGAGGGUGCACAACUUCGGCAAGAGCUCGUGCCGACAGCGCCUGCAGCGUUUAGAGUUACAGCUGGCGGAGAGUGGCUGGCUUCUGCAAGAGAACCAGCGCAAAGCAAGCUGUUCGGACGCCUUGGCCGAGGCAUUGGGGCCCCAGCAGCUGUUCCGGCUCACCCGGAGCCAAAAGCAGCUGCGCCUGAGAUUACGGUCAGAUCAGGACAGGGAGGAGGAUAACCUGGAAGAUGCGCAGUGCGUGGAGCUGCUCGCCUUGCAGCUGCUCAGCACUUAUGCCAAGGCAGUGAAGAAGGCCAAGGGCUCGCUGCUGGCCAAGCUGUCCCUGGACGAGAAGGAACCACUAGAAGAGGCCGUCCUGAUUGGCUUCAUCAAGGAAAAGACCCAGAGGCAGCUGCAGUUGCCCUGUGCCCGACAGCUGCUGGAGUCCCUGCAGCGCCUCCCCCUGGCUCAGUUGCCCAGCUCCAUACGUUCUCGCCUUUGGCUGGUGAUCUUCGCGCUCUACCGCGACCUCAGCUGCUCCGACCAGCCGGAGGAGGUGGUCCACCUGGUCCUGGAGCUUCUGAUAGAUUUAAUGCACUUUGGUCAACCGCUGCCCCUCUGCUCAUACUUCGGGCAGCUCAGCGAUUUACUCGAGCUGAUCCCCACCAACUCGGCGGCUUCCUGGAGCUUCUACGAAACGCUCUUUGCCCGCUGCAUCCGACGACAGAGCGCGGGCUAUGAACCAUUCCUGGCCAGCUGCACGGAGUUUCUGAGGACGGAAUUGGCUGCCAACGGAAAGCUCCAAGCGGACCAGUGCCGCCUCCUACUGCUGGCAAUCGAAACGCUGUCGAGCGUGACGGGUGUGCAGGGCAGGAAGAUGCAGCGGCAGCUCCAGCCACUGGUUGAGAUCUACGGCGAGAUGGUGAACCACAAGUUCCGUUCGAAGAAGAGUAAGGAGGCGGCUGCCUACAAGAAGUUUGUGGACAACACACUGGCCGGUUAUGCGACGUAUGUGAGCAGCUGCAUCAAUAGCUUGGCACGACAGGAGCGGGCGACCGAACAGCGGGCCAAAAAGGAGACGGUUGCGGAAGAAGAGCCACCAGCUGGCAAGCGAAAUAAGAAGGCCAAGGCUGAGCAGGAGCAGGAUCAACAGGCCAUAGCCACAGUGCAGCCCAUCGAUGACAACUUCCGACGCAUCUGCAAGAUCUACAUUGGUCACUCGCUUAACUAUCGCAACGCUCAUGCCAUCCGCCUGCUGAACGUGGCCCUCACCCAUCGGCAGCUACUCCAUCUGGAUCCGGAUGAGAUCGAGUUCGUGUUGAGCAGCUACUGGCGCCAACUGAACGCGGACAUCGAGGCGGGCGGCGACAUCAGUUCCCUGGAGUGCCUGGAGCCCGCCAUCCGGCUGAUCAUCGGCUACAAGACCAACGAGGACUUCCUGCUGAUCCUGCGCCGCCUCUCCAGUCAAGUGGAGCAGAUGCCACGCCCAGAGACGCCGGUGCAGCACACGGCCCUCCGGAAUGUGCUGACGCUUCUCGCGCUGUUCGCCAAGUGUUCGCUGAGCAGCGUCAAGGCAGCGAUGCUCAACGAGCACUUUGAACUGAUUAGCGUGAGCGUAGCCUUGCGCCUGCCCGAGCCGCAUGAUGCGACGUAUCGCGACCAUGCCCUCCGUCUGCUGGAUGCCCAACGCAACCUGGCCGGCAACCGCACCGUGCCGCUGACCGGUGAGACGCUGGAUUGUUUGCUCGGCGCCAUGCUGGACGUAGACAUCAAGCACUUAAUGGGUCGCGGCACGUGGCAGGACUUUGUGGAUUUGUACGGGGCCAUUACGGAGAAUCUGUUGGUGCUGCUGAAGCAGCACGGAAACCUAAUGGCCGACAGGGCCGCCCAGUUGAGUGCGUUGUGUCAGGACCUGGUGCAGGGCAUCGUUGGCUAUCGGGCGGAGCGGAAGCAGGCCCAGGAUCUGAGCGAAACUGAGCUAGACGGCCUGGCGGAUUUGGGCCUGAAGCUGGCCACGGUUAUGGCAACGGUGGCAGGGACCCAGGCCUUGGCCGUCAAGCGUGUAGCGCCCUUCCUGCUCAUCUUCACCAUCCGCCAGAUGGUGGCCACCGAGCGGCCCACCACGUUGUUUGAGAAGGUCAAGGUGCAUAUAGUGCGUGUGUGCCACGAGCUGAUUGGCAUCUGUGACCACCGUGUCGGCCACUUUAUACUGCGUUCCAGCAGCGAGGCGGGCGCACGCCUGUACGAGGGACUGGUGAAGGAGCACGACAAGUACCACAAGUUCAGAGGAAAAGUUUAGGUGUUUUUUGAUUGGUGUUCUAGCUAUUUAUGUUUUUAUUUGCAUUAUUCUAAAAAUACAAAUGUGGAAGAAAAUGAGA